UAUCACUUUAAAACUUAGUUUCUUUCCAGUUUGAUGUGUUCCAAAAGGAGGGCCUUACAAGAUCAGCAAAAAGAAAAAACAAAUUCAGCAAAAAAAAAAGGGAAGAGUUUGAACGGUUCAUUCCAUUCAAUCCUCAUGUAACGGCCAUUUGGAGAUUCAAAAUUGGAGCUCGGGAGAAGCUCGCCGAGCACGCCAAAGUGUCCACUCCCACCACCACCACCUCCUCGCCCCGUCCGCCCCCCUCGUCCCCGGCGUCGGCGAUGGCCGCGGCGCAGCAGAAGCCAGCCAAGCGGCUGGGCGGCAUGGCGGAGGCGCUCGCCAUCGCCGCCGACCUCGGGUUCCCCGCCCCUCCGCCGCAGGAGGACCAGGGUAGCACAGACAAAAGCGAUGAUUUAGUGAGGGUUUUGAGGGAACUGACUAUCGUGCAGAGGAACAUUGCCAACUUGCAAGUAGAGCUACAGGGAAGAAAGGAUGAUAAAAACAUUGCUCACUUGACACAUGUUAGUGAGAUGGAAAAGAAGUGUGAAUCUUUGGCCAAAAUAACUGCUAUUUUGAAAGAUGUUAUUCAGAACAAGGAUCGUAUUAUUGCCCGGUUGCAACAACCUUAUUCCCUUGAUUGCAUACCUGUUGAAGCUGAAUAUCAGAAACAAUUCUCGGAGCUACUUCUGAAAGCAGCAAGUGACUAUGGGGCACUGACAGCAUCGGUCGGCGAUUUCCAGUGGAGCCAAAACUUUAGGGAGCCACCUGCUGUCUGGGGGGAAAUGCUGCGGCCGAUACCUGCUGCGCUUGCUUCCUGCACCCGGUUCUUUGAGGCCAUGUCUGCGAUGAGGGAAUCCUUCUCAACUCUUCAGAAGCUGCGGGUCGGCCAUUCCUCUCUGUCGAUGACCCCAAGCGGCUGUAGCGAAGAUUCAAAGUUCUUGACACGCAGCUCAAUGCUCGAUAGCUGGAACGAGAGCGACGGGCUCGACAGCAUGAACCCGAGGAGAUUGUCAUGGCCGUCCUCCAUCAAGAGGGACCCGUAGGUGAUCACGCACGUUGAACUUGUGUAUGUAGUAUAAAUAGGAUAUAUAUACCGUCUUGUCUAGUUUUUGUCUUCCAUUUUUUGUGCUUUGGGCCCGAUUGCUUGGGUCCAUUUGGCGUGUUCGAGCUAAGUGAGAGAUGAUAUGUUUAGAAAUGAUCAGGAACGUAUACACACUCAGUCGUCAAGAAUCAGGAACGUGUUCGAUUUAUCUAGCAAAUCUGACAACUGAGUUAUCUC